ACUCGAUCAGAACAGUCCCGAAGUCCUAGUCAGGGGCUUCUGUUCAGUUAUGAUAGUGUUGAGUUAAAGUCAAUUAGUCACUCAAUGCAAUACAAAACCCCAAAAAUCAGAAUAUCAAAAUUAGGUUUUGUCCUUUGAUUCCUUCUUCUUUCCUGUGGUCAAAGAGAUCCAUUUUCAAGGAACUUCCAAUUUUUUCUCAGUGCGGGACUUUGUGGUAGAGUGGCAAAAGGGGGAAAACAUGAUCAGGGCUUAACGAUUUUUGUGGAGCUGAAGGCGUCGAUUUUCGAAGGAGCUUCCCGUUUUUUAGAGCGGUGGAAUAAUAAUAAUAACACGCCGUGGAGGAACUGUAAUGGCUCAAAGCAGCUCUGAUGAGGAUACAGAUAUUAGUGAAUCUGAAAUCAGUGAGUACGAAGAUAAAUCCUAUGAAGAGCUGAAAAGUGGAAGUCAGAAUUUAAAAACAUCGAAUGAGACUUUCACUUGUCCGUAUUGCCCUAAAAAGAGAAAACGGGAUUAUUUGUACAAGGAGCUCCUUCAACAUGCUUCUGGGGUGGGUCAGAGUAGUUCACAAAAGAGGAAAGCUAGAGACAAAGCUAAUCAUUUGGCUUUAGUGAAAUAUUUGGAAAAGGAUCUCAUGAAUGUAGAUGUUCCAUCAAAUGAUUCAAAACCGGAAGAUGAAAGUGAUUCUUCUGUUAAUUCUAAUGAUCAGUUUGUGUGGCCUUGGAUUGGAGUUGUAGUUAAUAUUCCAACUAGACGGACAGAAGAUGGACGCUGUGUUGGUGAGAGUGGUUCCAGACUGAGGGAUGAGUAUAGAAGCAGGGGUUUCAAUCCAGUUCGAGUCAAUCCUUUGUGGAAUUUCCGGGGUCACUCCGGAACCGCUCUUGUGGAGUUCAAUAAAAGCUGGCCAGGCUUAGAUAAUGCAAUGGCAUUUGAAAGAGCCUAUGAAUUAGAUCAUCAUGGGAAAAAAGAUUGGUUUGCUAAUGAUGGGCAGAAGUCUGGUCUUUAUGCAUGGGUUGCCCGGGCAGAUGACUACAAAAUGAACAGCAUCUACGGAGAAUAUCUGCGGAAGAUGGGUGAUGUCAAAACCAUAUCUGAGCUUAUGGAAGAAGAAGCUCGAAGGCAAGAUAAACUUGUAUCCAAUUUGAAUAACAUUAUUCAGGUCAAGAACAAGCACAUAAAAGAGAUUGAAGUUAGAUACCAUGAAACUACGGACAAAAUGAACCUUGCUAUGAUGGAAAAAGAUAAUCUCAUUCAAUCUUAUAAUGAAGAGAUACAGAAAAUACAGUCAAGUGCCCGGGAUCACUUCCAGAAGAUUUUUACUGAUCACGAAAAGCUCAAAAUGCAACUGGAGUCUCAGAAAAAUGAGCUUGAGUUACGGAAAAUUGAAUUAGAAAAACGUGAGGCGCACAAUGAAAGUGAAAGAAAAAAGUUGGCAGAAGAAAUUGAGGAGAAUGCAACAAAAAAUAGUUCUCUUCAGAUGGCUGCUCUUGAGCAAAAGAAAGCAGAUGAAAAUGUUAUGAAACUGGCUGAAGAUCAAAAGAGGCAAAAAGAGCAACUCCAUGCUAAAAUCAUUCAGCUUCAGAAACAACUUGAUAUGAAACAAGAACUGGAGUUGGAGAUUCAGCAAUUAAAAGGAUCUUUAAGUGUGUUGAAGCACAUGGAAGAUGACGAAGAUGUUGAAAUUCUGAAGAAAGUAGAUAAUUUACAAAAGGAUUUAAGAGACAAGCAACAAUCACUUCAAGACAUUGAUGCACUUAAUCAAGCACUAAUAGUUAAAGAGCGCGAGAGUAAUGAUGAGCUGCAGGAAGCUCGACAAGCAUUGGUUGAUGGAGUUAAAGAGUUACAACCUCAUGGAAAUAUACGUUUGAAGAGAAUGGGCGAACUUGACACAAGUCCAUUCCUUGAGGCAAUGAAGAAAAGAUACAAUGAAGAUGAUGCUGAAGAGAGAGCUUCAGAACAGUGCUCGUUGUGGGAAGAGUAUCUAAAGGACCCAGAUUGGCAUCCAUUCAAAGUUAUCAUGGUUGAUGGGAAAGAAAAGGAAAUUAUUAGAGAUGACGAUGAAAAGCUGAACGGGUUGAAAAAUGACCUGGGUGAAGGUGCAUAUAAAGCGGUGGUGGAGGCAUUGUUAGAAAUAAAUGAACAUAACCCUAGUGGCCGGUACUUAACGUCGGUAUUAUGGAACUACAAACAAGGAAGGAGAGCAACUCUUAAAGAAGGAGUACAAUUUCUGUUAAAUUAUUGGACAAAACGCAAGAGGGGAACGACAUGAAGCUAAGGACUGUAUUUCCGAAAGGUUGAUGUUGGCUUCGGGAAGAGAAUUAUGCAUAGCAGUCUGGUAGCAUGCGUCCAUAUUGGGAGAGCAACAAACCUAGCAGUUAUGUAUCGUAGGUUAAGUUAUUUGUGAUAAUGCCAAACUAUUUAAUUUCACUUGGCACUUGGCUUCUCUGGGCAUGUUGCCAGGAAGCAAACUACAUUCGUAAUGGUGGUCUUUGCAAUCAUGUGUGUGGGAAAAGACAUUAAAGUUAAACUUCUAUGACUAUGUAUCAUUUGACUUCUAAUCUUAACUUUGAGUAAUUGAAGUUAAGACUGUAUGCCAUUUGCCUUUUCAACUUGACUUUA